AUGCGAAGGUUCUCACUCACCGAGAAGUUCGCUUCUCGCUGGGGUAUCUCGUCUCGUCCUGGAGGCAACAUCAGCAAACGCAGGCAAUUUCCCCCACAUCGUAAUCUCAGUCACACGAGACAGUCACCUCACGUCGUAACCUCUCCAAAUACAACGACAUGGGAUAUUUCUGCACAAAGAACGCUACAGGCUUUCUAUCGCAAUUCCAUACGGCAAUUGGCUACAACAAGUCAACGACGGAACAGCACACUCACUGUUCCCCGUCCUGCAAAUCUCAGAAAGGAAAUCCAGGUGUCUCUACCGAAAUGGAGCUCGCCCGCAGAGGAGGCACGAUAUAGGGAGAACUUCUUCCGAGUCCUUGAAAAUGGACAACCGAACCAAGUGAGGGAAGCCAUGGUCGAUCCACGGUCGGUAGAGCUAGUUGGAUCGCUACCAACAACCGUUUUUAUCGAAGCCCUGCACCUCCUCUCUCCAGCUCAUUUUGUGAUACCCUACCGAGAUCUUCACCACACUCUUCACUGGUGGGGCGUGUUAAUGCUAGGGCUCAAGACCUUGGAAGCGGUGUUCGACGAAUUUACGAGGGACUUGCUCACGAUCAUCCAAUAUAGAGCCGUGGCUGGGUGUCCCCCUCGACUAGCCGAAUACAGACAUCUCUUCAACUGUGCUCAGGCGAUGGGAAAUGGCCCCUUAAUGCAUGCUCUUUGGGAGGGGAUGUAUGCCAACGAUGUUACUCCUGACACGGUGUGCUAUAAUCACUACAUGGAAGCACUGGUCUGGGACCACUGUUACGUGGGAAAAGAAGCAUACAAUACUCGCAUGGUCCCUCAAAGCUACAAAAAGCGGCACAUGGUAAAUCCGAAUCCUGGAUGGCGUGGCUACGGGACGGCGCAUUACAGUGUCAAAGGAACCGUGCUGGAUAUCUUCAGUCAAAUGAGCCAGGAUGGGCUAACUGGGGAUGAGCGGACGUACACCAACGUCCUCCUUGCAGCAGCACGGGUUGGGGACAUGCAAGCUACCAAAAAUACUCUCAAGAAUGUCUGGAACGUCGAAGUUGAUGCGAUCUUAGCUGAAAAGGAUAACUCGCAGCUGCCACCGGUUACGCCCUAUGAAACUUGGUCCGGUCUGUACCCAACCGAGCGUCUUCUUUUUGUCGUGGCCCAUGCCUUUGGCACAAAUAAUGACAUGUAUGCCGCCUUAAGAACAGUCGAUUUCCUGGCUUCCUCUUACAACAUCACCAUUUCAGCAAAGGUCUGGUCCGAGUUGCUUGAAAGGACAUUUACUCUGUCCAAAGAACACAAGCGGAGACAGGCAACAGAUGGGCGAACAGGCCGAGUCCCAAGAGACAUGGUCCGCGACGUGUUUCAGAUAUUGACAACAGAGCCGUACAAUGUUCCUGCAACUCUGCAAAUGUACCGAUAUAUGACCCAAACAAACAAACUAGACCGCAAUCUAAAGGCUUGCAAGACGGACAUGCGUAAGGCAUAUGACAUCUUGAGCCAAACGAGGGCAAAACGGAAGGAAGCGAGAGAUGUCGUUAUGCAAUGCCUGCAGCCAGUCUUGGACAGCAUGAGACCACCGGCGAACGAUGGGAUAAAAGUGCAGGAUCCAACCAAGCACCAACAAGAGAAUGAUGUGGAACCAGACUUAUCACUACUACAGUGUCCCCUGCUCGCUGAAGCCAUCAACACAUACGAUCUCCUCCGGCUCGAAGUGUUCCAGCAGAUUUAUCAAAUGCAGCGCAUAGCCUAUUCCAUGAUCAUCACGCAUAAGUGGAGGGACGUAUCGCCCAGGGCCUGGGAGCUCCAAGAACGGCCCAAGCUUCUAGAAGAAUGGAAAGACUUUCUGCCAGAGCAUAAUAAGUACGAAUACAGAGACGGGGAGGUUGGGACAGUCGAUUUCAAAGGCAUCACAAAUGCCAAGAGCCGCCAUAUGAGCCAGCAUGGCCGCAUUCAUGCACGGCGGAUACCAGAUGGCUCGGAACUGUUCCAUCCGGUUGAGCCUAAGAUCCUCGAUGAUAGGAUAUUCUGGGAAAUCUUGCUUAAUGAGUACCCCAAGCUGGACCCGUCCGUUUCGCCGCUCAAUCGCAUCUACUCCUUCCAGGUCGAAAAAACCAAAGUAUUAAAGGGAAAGCUCGGCAGGCUCAAGACGUGGGUUACGUACCCGAAAGAGCAUCCUUUGUCGCAAGAGAAUAGACCUUCUGGUGGGUUUUAUGGUCGCAUUCAUGCGCUGGGAUUUACUGCUAAACCCCAGAGCUCUAUCUUCUGGCGGGAUGGCAAUCCUUGGCUUUCAUGA